CCCUUUGUGAAGUUGUGGUCGUCGUCGCGCAGUGAAAAAUUAUAUUUUUAUUAUUAUUACCUACCAUAGUCAUCGUCAACGAACGCCAUCGCAUCGUGCGGUAUAUUGUUGAAACACCGUGUGUUCUGUGUUGUUGUUGUGUUUCCUUCUUUUUUUGCAUUGUGCCUCCUUUAACCACUUGUGGCUUUGUGGGUCUGCAUGUCUGCACUUUUGUACUAUUUUCGAUCGUUGUUUUGUCGUGUGUAAAUUGGCCAAACACUAUCAGGCCCCCCGAUCGUUGUUUGUUCGUUCGUUCGGUUCGGUUGCUUCUGCAUCCUCCAUCAACUUUUUACGUACCGAGACCGACUCACGAAGAACGAGAGAAGACCGACUACUACGACGACGACGGUAAUUGAUGUCCUGAAGGGAUAAUAAAUUCUGGAAUUGCUCCUUUGGGAGACGAAACAAGGAUUAACUACUUUUUCUCGUUUUAUGUUUAUAAAGUGUGAUGAAGAUUAAGAAAACAAAAAGGAAAUAAAAUAUUAUUGUGCCCCGCGGAAAAUACCGUAAUUCGUGUACAUAUAUCGUUGGUAUAUGUGUUGUUAUUGUUGCAGUGAUAUAUGGUGUGUUUUUGCUCACUUCUCUGUACUGGUCGACUUCCGUAUCCGGUUAUCGUCUACUAUACGACAAAUGUCUCCCUCCAUUUCCAUAUGCAACACAUGAUUUAGAAAAAUACAAAAAAUAAAAAAGAAAUAUUAUUAUCAUCAUCUUUCGCUGCUAUAUACACAGUUAGAUUGUGAGUGAGAGCAAAUUGGUGUUAAUUGAAUUGCAUUUGUGCACGCAUAACGGGAAACAAACGCGCAAACGCAAAAUAUACACAAUAGUUUUAUCAUCUAAACAAAAAUAAAAGCAGCAGGAAAGAAAGCAAAAGGGCGCCCUCAAGCCUAAUUGUUUAUUAAUUAGUGUCAUCUCGGGAGUUUAACGCUUAUAGGCGAUAAACAAAUAAGCAACAAAAUAAUAUAAUCGAAAACAAAAUAAGUUUGAAAAAAUAUUCUAACAAGCAACAAGUUGUACAUACAAAUAUUUAGAUAUUUUUUAUCCGUCCAUUAUUGUGUGUGUUUUUUUUUUUAUUUUUGUGUGAAAGAUAGCCUGAUCUUGUUGUUGUUGUAGAUGGUGUUAAGUAACAUAAAGUGGGUGACUAAUUAUUUAUUACAAGUUGUUAUAAUUUGCUGGGACGCACAAGGCGACGCCUAGCGGUGUAUGAGUGCAACAUCACCCAUCUCAUAAUGUACAUAGGCCUGCAUGGGCAAUGAUAAGCGCCCCCGGAGUAUUAGUAAAAAUGUGCAACAGCUACAAUUGCAGCAGCAGAAACAGUGGCCCUACGCGCUGCAGUUGCAAGUAGAAAAUAUCUAUGUACUUUGCACACCCCCUCGUUGGGCGUCUGUUGCAUCUAUACUAUAUACUAUCAUCGUGCGUCGUCCGUCGCCGUUCGCGUUGUCGCUCGUGGUCGUCGUUGUCGACAAAUUGGAUUAAAGAUUGCUGCUAUAGCCAGCACUGUGUGGACUUGUAUAGUGGCACUAUUUAUAAAACAUCAGCUACAUAUAGUGGCUGUGGUGCCACCACCGACCGAGCAUCAGCAUAUAACAUUCUACAUACGUUUAUCUAUAGAUAGAAACAACAUAAAUAGAGAGCUAUAGCUCCUAUAGUAUCUUAUUCUAUUAUAAUAAUUUAAAUGUUAAAAAUGUUUACAAAACAUUUCAGGAGAAAAUUAUUAUCGCACAGCGAUAUGCACACACUUGUUGCAUACAUUGUUGUGUUUUUAAUUAAUAAGGUAUCAACGGCCGGCAACUUUGAGCUGGAACUACUAGAAAUCUCGAACACAAACAGCCACCUGAUGAGCGGCUAUUGCUGUGGUGUUCCUUUAGAAAUAAGAAGUACGAGAACAACAGAUUGUCCGCCAUGUUCGACGGCGUUCCGGUUGUGUCUCAAGGAGUACCAGAGUUCGGCGCCAGAAAGCUUUACGGCCGGGUGUUCAUUUGGCAACUCGAGUACGGGCAUCCUUGGAGGCUCUAGUUUCGUGCUGAGUGAUCCCGGAAUCGGUGCUAUUGUUCUGCCAUUUACAUUUCGCUGGACGAAGUCGUUUACGUUGAUCCUACAAGCCUUGGAUAUGUACAACACCUCCUAUCCAGAUGCUGAGAGGUUAAUUGAAGAAGCAACUUUUUCGGGCGUCAUCCUACCAUCGCCCGAAUGGAAGACACUCGAUCACAUCGGGAAGAAUGCCCGCAUAACAUACCGGGUGAGAGUUCAGUGUGCAGUUACAUACUACAAUACGACAUGUACAACGUUCUGCCGGCCAAGGAAUGACCAGUUCGGGCAUCAUACAUGCGGAUCGGAGGGUCAGAAGGUGUGCCUUAAUGGUUGGCAAGGAGUUAAUUGCGAGAAGGCGAUAUGUAAACCAGGCUGUGAUCCGACGCAUGGGAAAUGCGAACAACCAGGAGCAUGCGAAUGCCGGCCCGGAUGGCGUGGACCCCUUUGCAACGAGUGCAUGGUCUAUCCCGGCUGCAAGCACGGAUCAUGUAAUGGUAUCGCUUGGCAAUGUCUAUGCGAUACAAAUUGGGGUGGCAUCCUAUGUGACCAAGAUUUAAAUUAUUGUGGCACCCAUGAGCCUUGCAUGCACGGAGGGACAUGCGAGAAUACGGCACCUGAUCAAUAUCGCUGCACAUGCGCAGAAGGCCUCUCCGGCGAACGGUGCGAGAUUGUGGAGCAUCCGUGCGCGACGCAGCCGUGUAAAAAUGGAGGCACUUGCACGCUCAAGGAAUCGCAAAAAAUGACUGAUUCGAUGGGAAUGGGUGCAGGACUGAGUGUGCGCGGCAUGCGAGGCAUGAGUUCCAUGGGCAAACCAGUUGGACGCAACCGUAAUCCUACAACCAACGGAGGCACCAGCAGCGGCGGCAGUGCUAUGGCAAGAAUGAGUCCAACCACUCCACCUGUGGCUGAAUUCACUUGUACCUGUGCGCCCGGUUGGACGGGUCCCACAUGCGAAAUAAACAUUGACGAGUGCGCCGGAGGUCCCUGCGAGCACGGUGGCACUUGUAUAGACCUGGUCGGGGGCUUUCGAUGCGAAUGCCCGCCCGAGUGGACCGGCGACAUAUGCCAGAUGGAUGUCAACGAAUGUGAAUCGAAUUCGGCCACAAAUCUGGGGCCCUGCAUCAAUGCGGAAAAGUGUCAUAAUUUGCCGGGCUCCUUCUCAUGCCAAUGCCUUAAAGGCUGGGGCGGGCCAACCUGUGCCAAAGACCUGGACGACUGCAAAGGCCAAUGCAAGAACGGAGCAACCUGCAUUGAUUUGGUCAACGAUUAUCAUUGUGCGUGUGCAACGGGCUAUACAGGACGGGACUGUGAGACGGACAUCAAUGAAUGCGCGAAAUCACCUUGCCGCAACAAUGGCGAGUGUGUGGACAUGAUUGGGAAAUUUAAGUGCAUAUGUCCACUUGGAUACUCGGGGUCGUUGUGUGAGGAAGCCAAGGAUCACUGCACACCAUCACCCUGCAUUCAGGGAAGCUGUCUUAAUACACCCGGUGGAUAUUACUGUCAUUGCCCUCCAGAUCAUGAAGGUAAACACUGUGAGAAUAUGCGCCCGCUCUGCUCUUCGCCCCACUGUAAUGAAAGUUGUACACCACCCAUAACUAACUCAACACAGUUCCCGGCAUUUCCUUGUAGUGGACACGGGAAUUGUGAAAACGGAGACGUUGGCACCUACUGCAAGUGUCAUCCAGGACGUACAGGAACCUACUGUGAGCACAAUUUAAAUGAAUGCUCCCCGAAUCCCUGCCGCAAUGGAGGAAUCUGCUUGGACGGAGAAGGUGAUUUCACAUGCGAGUGCAUAUCAGGUUGGACAGGUAAACGUUGCUCGGAGCGUGCGACUCAGUGCUACGCUGGACAGUGCCAAAACGGCGGAACAUGUGUAACUGCGGACGGUGGAACGGCGCAAUGUCGAUGUGCGCCUGGCUGGAAUGGGCAAUUUUGCAGCGAAGCAAUCGACCAGUGCCAGGGUCAGCCUUGUCAUAACGGGGGCACCUGUGAAUCCGGAUCGGGGUGGUUUCGUUGUCUGUGUGCCCAGGGCUUCUCUGGACCCGAUUGUAGGAUAAAUGUUAACGAGUGUUCGCCACAACCGUGUCUGGGCGGUGCUCGUUGCAUCGAUGGCAUCGGCGGAUACACCUGUGUCUGUCCGCCCGGAAGGCAAGGAGUUCGUUGUGAGAUUUCCCUCUCGGAUCCCCAGUCGGCGUGCCUGAAUAUAACAACCCUGUCACCUUAUAAUUCGCUAAUCAACAGCACUAACGUAACAACACUGCCCGUUACAUUGGAGGAAUCUUGCAACGCGUGUACUUGUGUCAAGGGAAAACGAAAGUGUACGAAUCUUUGGUGUGGUCUGCCCAAUUGUGUUGGUGACGAAUCGAAGUUUUCGAACUCAUCAAUAGUCUGCCAGAGCCAUGAAGUGUGUGUGCCAUCAUUGCGGGAGUCCUGCUUAUCGCCACCGUGUUCGCCCAGAGGUGAUUGUCGAGAGCUGGAGCCGUCACGCAGAGUGGCUCCUCCGAAACUGCCGGCCAAAAGUGAAUGUUGGCCAAAUCAAGCUGUUCUCAAUGAGAACUGUGCCCGAUUGACAAUUCUUGUGGAAUUAGAGAGACUUUCUAAAGGAACAUCGGUCGAGAGUCUGUGCUCGACCAUGCGCUUGCUGCUGGCUGGAAGAAUGGUCAACGAGCCAGCAAGUGAAGGGAUGCUGAUUUUAAUUUGUGACUUAAAGACAUCGACGAAUGAUACCAUCGAAGUGACACUGUCAUCUACUAAAGUUGGUGAUGCACAACUCCCUCUGGCAAUCAAACUUCUCGGCGAAUUACUCUCACGGCAAAGCGGAAUAUCUCAUUCGAAUCAGCAAGUCGCAAAACCCAGUCUAGCACCUUUGAUUUCGAUUCUCGAAGUCAAAGUCGAAACUGCCUUGGUCACGAAGAACUCGAGUAGUUCGGGUCUUUUGUUUGGCAUCCUUUGUGGUAUUGGAAUAGUUUUGAUUGGAUUCGCAAUCUUUAUGGUCAUGAUAUGGAAGCAAAAGACCAGCAUUCGGACUACGUCCGGUAUCAAUUUGACUUCAUCGCUUGACGCUUUGCGACACGAGGAAGAAAAGUCAAAUAAUCUGCAAAACGAAGAGAUGCUAAAGCGAUACACAAAUCCCCUAAAAGGGAGUACGAGUUCUCUGCGGGCAAAUGGCAUGGAGUUGAGUCUUAAUCCUGCUCCGGAAUUGGCGAGUAUACCGCCGCUUGCAGCAGGGCCAAGUUCUCUGCAUCAUUCGCAGCCUAUUUAUCCACCGUGUGAGUCGAAUUUUGACCACGAGCUGGACUCGUCGUCCAAGGCUAUGCAGCAAAAGCGCAGUUCCCAGAUUCUGCUGCAUAAAACCCAAAACUCCGACAUGAAGAAGAACACAGUCGGUUCGUUGGACAGUCCGCGCAAGGACUUUGGAAAACGCUCAAUCAACUGUAAAUCUGCGCCGCCCAUAACUGGAGAUCCCGAUGUCCUAACGGUGCAUGUGUAGUAAAGGGCCGCAUGGUACAGGCCGCAGUUUUAAGUUAACCGUAGGUUGUCAUUGGUUGUAAAUGUUAGAUAUUUAUUGUAAUAUAUUUAAGUUUCCGGUUGUCUUCCGAUAGAGGGGGUUGUUAAAACAAAAUGAAAUGAAGUAAAGUGAAAAGAAAAUGAGAUCUCGUACGAUACGCACGAAAGUUGUUUAAUUUGUUCUAUAAAACGUAUAAUUAACUGAAGAGAUGCACAUAAGUUCCUCGCAAAAUGCAUUUAAAAAAGUUAAGAGAGAAAGAGACAAACAAUGUUGAGUGAAGCGCCAUCUAUAUAUAUAUAUACUUCAGAGCCUACUUAAACAAAUUAAAAUAUAAUUUAAAACAAAAGAAA